AUGGCUUUCAGCAUCCUCUCCAUGGCCAACGACGACGACGAGCGCAAGAGCAUCGUCUUCAAGGGCAAGUCCCCCCUCUUCUGGCCCCAUCUCCCCCCAGAGGUCGUUCGCCUCAUCGCCACAUUCCAUCUCCUCAAUGUCGCGCCCGACGCGCAAUGUCCCGAGACGUGGCAGCACCCUCAAAUGUGGCCUUCCCGCUUUGUCUGGUCUUUGAUUCGCGACACCUACGAGGUCGAACGGCUCAUGCGCGUAUAUCCGUCGUGGGGCGCAGCUCAUGCUGCAUUUUCCGCUGCAUGGAGCAUACCAUUGGCGCGGUGCUUUUCGGUAGUUCUCAGACAUCCAUGUGUCAUGAUUGACCCUCAAGACCUGCUCAUCCACCAUUCUGUCAUCCACCCAACAUCAAAAGGCGGUUCCGCCAACGCAAAGCCCGUGCGGCUAUCCCCAUAUCAGCAUUUUCGCAACAUCUUCGGCUGCUCUUGUAUCGUCUGCCGCAUCAACUAUCCAUUCACGCCCAACGGCCUCGCCGUGGCGAAGCGCGCCAUCACGAACCCAUGGUUAGGACAAGUCAUGGCGUGCAAGGACCAUCGAAAAUCUACGUUCUGCGAGGCGGAGUAUGCGCAGGGCCUGUCGGUCUGCGCGGUAGAGAACGAGGACGACCAGACGUGGCCGGGCGUCGAAACCACAUGCCGAAUGUGCCGGAAACAGGGUAUCUGGCUGGCGGCGAAGCACGAUCCCCUGGAGCGCGAGGCGGUAGGCGGCAACCCUCAGCUCACGGCAGACGACUGGGAGACCCGACAGGCGAUCGAAGCCUUCGUGGACCUCGGCGAGGGUAUGAUCAAGGACGUGCUGGAGCUCGCGAAGGAGAAACAUUGGUUCAAAGUAAACACUAAGCUAGCGGACAUGCUCUCGCAGGCGCUUGCCGCGUCGCGGUUCGCGGGGCGCGGAGAGGGCGCGGAGGGGUACGUGAGCGAAGAGGAGCUGAGUGAGGAGGAGGAGGACGCGGAGCUGGUGAGCAUCACGGAGGACGCGGCGGGCAUUCGGGAGCUCGCGAUCACGGACUUUGCGCGGAAUCGCAUCCUGGACGGGCACUGGGUGAACCCCACGGACGAGUACAACAUGCGUUGGGUGAGCACGACCGCUAACACUCCCCAGGCACAGCACCCGUGCCCAUGGAACGCGGGAUCUGUGUUCGACGGCGCGCUGGAGGAUGGCGAGGCACACGCGGACGGCGGGGAGCUCGCGCACCCGCGUCCGAAGACGAUCGCCGCGCUGCGCCCGCCGACGUACAAUAUAUCCAGCAUGACAUACCAGGCGUACGUCAAGCAGUUCCGGGACAUCGUCUUCCCCGCGAUGCAGAACGUUGUGCAGCGACUCGCGGCGGAGUGCGCGGCCGACGGGAAGGACGCGGUGGAGGUCGCGCGGGGGAUGUCGGUGGACGACGUCGCCGUGGCGCUAAGGGACGAGGCGGUGUGGCGGACGGGCGUGGACUGGCUCGAGUGGCGCGCGAACCAGCAGGAGCACGAUCGUAGGCGGCGGAGGGAGAAGGACGACGAUGCGGAGUCGACAUCGUCCCGAUCGAGCGGGUCGCAUAUGACAAGUCCCGGAUUGUCGACCACGACGCUACAGACGACGCCGUCGCCCCCACCGAGUAGCGUCAAGGACGAUGACGCGAUGUCGUCCUCCCCUGUGUCGGCCAUCCCGCCUGCGCUGGAGUCGAGCCCGAUCCUCAAGUCCCCGCAGCUGAUGCACCCCAUUCCGUAUGUUCCCGCGAAGGUAUCCCAUCUCCCAGAGUAUAGCAUCGGCACGUUCCGAUCGUCGUGGGCGAAUGCUUGCGCUCCGCUGUACCAGUGCUAUUGCUCCAUCUGCCAACGACGCGUCAUGCAGAUGAAUGCUGCGGCCAACGCUGCAGCGGUCCAGGACCAGACCGCCACGUCCGACGUCACCCCGCUGUGCAGAUUCCUCAGGUGCAAGUGGAGAUACGGAUGCUGCGCGGCGGGCGGCUCGCCGCCGAAGCGUGCACGGACGGAUGGAUCGUACUCACCAUCGAUGGUCCCGAUGACGCCCUCGCCCGGCCGGUUACGCAAACGCCCGUCGGAGGAGCUCGAGGAGGACAGCGAGGCCGCGCAGGGCAACGGCGAGCACAAGCGGUCGCGGACGGAGUCGCAUCCGCGGAGCGUGAGUGCGAGUGCAGAGGUGGUCGCGUAG